CCCACUGAGCAAGGCCGGGGAUCGAACCCGCAACCUCAUGGUUCCUUGUUGGGUUUGUUAACCACUGCGCCACGACGGGAACUCCAGCAAGUAAAUUUUUUUUGACAAAUGUAAAUAAAGAUCAGAAUAAGGCGUCUAGACUGCCCCACAUGUAAGACACUCAAUUGCCACAAUUAUCCUCCUUGUAGUAAAUGUCCCUAUUUUCUUAAAAUUUUUUGACUUUUCAAAUUCCUAGGUUCUUAUGAAAUUGUUAGUGUCAACUGAAAAAAAAAAAAAAAAUGCAAAACCUGAAAGCUGAGAGUUAAGUUUUAUUUGGGGUGAAACUGAAACUGACAGUAUUAACGGCCUGAACCUAGCCAGAACACAGAUUGGGACUUGAACCCAGAGUAAUUCCAGAUGGGGACUCAAACCCAAGGUUUUAAAUUAGAAUCAAUCACCCUAUGUCUGGAUUCACUAAGGUUCAGGAUCUUCAUGUCCCCAUGCAGAAGGAAUUCAGCGAGAGACAAAGUGAUAGGCAAGAAAUACAGUUAUUAGGAUAGGACGCUUGUGAGAGAUGCAAGCAUCCUGGCAAGGAGGCUCUGCCCUGAGGAGCUGGUGGGUUAGUUUUGUCAUCCAAGGGGAGUCAGGGUUGGACAAGCCUGCCUUUUCCUUUCCGGGAGUAGCAGCUCCUCCUUGGUAUCAGGUAAGGUGUGUGUUCAAAUCAGCAGAAGGGAGGUCCUCAAACUCCAUCCCUUGGUCUGAAUCUGAAUGCAGGCCUCAUCCCAUCUCCCAUCCAAUGACCUGAGGCAAUUCUCGCACUUGUACUAGUCAAGCAAGCCUGCCUUGUUCUGAUGACUUUUCUGAGCAAUUUAUUAACUUACAGUGAUCUCCCAGGGUUCCCUAAAUUUCCCUGGUUAUCUGUGGUCCUUUGCUGGGACUUCUAAAACCACCUGUGCCUACUCCAUCCCUGUCAAAAUUAGGACUUAAAUCCGGGAGGCAGCAUUUGAGGUAGCCGUGGGAAACUUCUCAGAGGAGGAAGCUAGAAUAUGAGUUUUUGCCACAAAGGGAAGGUAGUAGGAACAAAAGAUUUACAGACAACCAGAUUUACCUGAAGAGAUUUAUAGAAAACCAGUUUCUAUGGGAAGAUGUAAGUGUCCAGGCUUACUGGAAUCACUUCUUUGAUAUGCACCUCAGCGGUGGGCCAGUCUUCUCUGUUUCUUUCCUAGGUUCUGCUGGGGACAUGGCUUGGAUUGUCAGUGUCGAAAAAUGAAACACAUGAACACAGGGAGAUCUUGACAAGGCUCUUUAUUUCUGCGGAAGGGCGCACGCGUGUGCUCAAAAAGCCCGCGCACUGAACAAAGGACCCUCCCUUGUUUAAUCCCUAAUGCAGGAUGGAUAGAGGCCUUCCCUACCCGAACUGAAAAGGCAAGGGAAGUAACCAAGGCACUCCUGAGAGACAUUAUUCCCAGAUAUGGAAUGCCUCUGACCAUCGGGUCAGAUAAUGGACCGGCAUUUGUGGCUGAAACAGUACAAUAGGUGGCAAAAGCUUUACAGAUCCGAUGGAAACUACAUUCUGUGUAUCGCCCUCAAAGUUCAGGGAAAGUAGAACGCAUGAACCGAAGCCUUAAACAGACACUGGCAAAGUUAUGUCAGGAAACUGGCUUGCCCUGGAUAGACAUGUUGCCGGUGGCCCUCUUAAAAGUGAGAUGCUCACCCCGAGCGGGAAUAGGAUUCUCGCCAUUUGAAAUCUUAUAUGGAAGGCCACCUCCACUAAUCAGUUUAAAAGGAAACACCAGGGAGUUGGGAGACUUGGAAUUACAUAAAGAAUUACAAGGACUGGGGCUCACUAUUUCUCGGAUACAUAGAUGGGUCACAGACAGAAUACCUGUGUCCUUAGGUAUAACAGUACACCCCCACAAGCCGGGGGACCAGGUGUGGAUAAAGGACUGGAAAAAGGAGCCUUUGAGGCCGGUAUGGAAGGGCCCCUAUACUGUAAUUCUAACCACCCCCACUGCUCUUAAAGUAACAGGAAUAGAUGCUUGGAUCCAUCAUUCUAGAGUAAAACCGGCUGGCACAGCUGACGACCUUGGAGAGUGGGAGACUGCCCUCGAUCUGGAGAGACCUCUUCGCCUGACAAUACAGAGAAGGGGACGACGAUCUCAAAGCCCUGCUCUGACCACACCGGAAGCUGGUCCGUCAACACACAGCUGAAGCUUGAGGAAUCGGCAGCCUGGUAAAAUAAACUGCCUUACCUCCCUUCCACAAGAGACUCUCUAACUGUCAUAUACUGUUAUCUUAUGACCAACAUGUAUGUUUGCUGCCUGCUACUGUUAAUCUGGUCCCCUUUGGUUCUGUCAGGAUCCAUGUCCUUAUGUGACCCGUGCAUUCGAGUGACCUGAUCAGAUCAAGGGGUUACAUGGACUUUGCUUUACUCCACUCGUUUCUCCUGUUCCGGAGAAAUUCAUGGAAGUUGUACUCACAACAGGACCACUUAUUCUAUCUGUCAACAGGGGGACCAAUAUACUUGCUUUGAUCCACGAUACUCACCAACUGAGGAAUGGUUAGAAGUCCAGCGCUCUCAUAAGUCAGGGCAGCUAAUUAAUCGGACCCAAAUUACCAACCCCAAGUUGCCAGUGUCAAUACUUUUCGAUGCCUGUGAAGCUAUGAAUGGGUCAUGGACUUCUACUAGACCAUGUGGAAGCUCAUCAUGGGAAAGAGAAUAUAGGCUCCAGCAUAAAUAUAUGUGCUGGGGGACCACCUGGAAUGAUUGCUUGGAAUGCACUUACUGGAGCUGUGUGGCCUGGGCAACUGGAAUAAGGGAGACAAAACAGCUGUCCUUCAAAAGGGUACAGCCCCUCCAGACUGCCAGACUAAAACUUGUAACCCAGUUAAUUUCACUAUUUUCAAUUCCAGUGAGCCCAAAUGGAAGGAGGGUUUCAAAAUAAGCAUUCGCAUUGACGGAAGAGGCCUUGACCCUGGAGCUGUGUUACAUUUCCAGAGAAUCACGUUUGCGCUCCAAGCUGCCUCUCACAGCAUCUUUCAUUCCUUUUAUGAAGAAAUAAGAAACACCCCACCUCCCAUUGUGGCCACAACUAAGAACUUGUUCUUAGCCCUGGCAGAAACUAUUGCACAAACUCUCAAGGUCUCCUCUUGUUAUGUAUGCGGGGGAACAAACACAGGAGACCACUGGCCUUGGCAAGCCAGAGAACUGGACCCAUUAGAGCCUCCUAAUGAGACUGCAUACCCCCAACUCACCAAUGGGGUAUGGCUCCUCAGAACUGCUAUUAUAGGGAGAAAUUGUCUUGCGAGGUGGGGAGGACGGUUUAAUGUUUCGGUAGGAAGCUUAACAUGUUUAGGCCUAAGGUAUUAUAAUCUGACUGCCCAAAAGACUCAAUGGUGGUCAUCCUCCAAUCACUCAGAGCCCAAGCCUAAUCCCUUGUCUAACUUUUCCCACCUUCAACAAGCAUGGGAAGAUAUCAGUACUAAUAUCCAGUGGCGGGCACCAAAGGGAUUAUAUUGGAUUUGCAAAAAAUGGCCUAUUCCAUACUCCCCCCAAAUUGGGCUGGGGCAUGUGUACUGGGAACAAUCAGACCUUCCUUCUUCCUGCUCCCGCUGUCACUAGGAGAGCAACUGGGAGUUCCUAUAUAUAGGGCACAGGGUUCCCAGAGAGACCGGAGGGCUCUCCAAAUUGGAGAGUGGAAAGAUGAUGAAUGGCCCCCAGAAUGGAUAAUUCAAUAUUAUGGACCUGCCACCUGGGCAGAGGAUGGCUCUUGGGGAUAUUGCACCCCUAUCUAUAUGCUGAACCGCAUCAUCAGACUACAGGCAGUUUUGGAACUUAUAACAAAUGACACUGCAAGGGCCUUGACUAUAUUGGUCCAACCACAAACUAAAAUGCGCAGUGCAAUCUACCAAAAGCGCUUGGCCUUGGAUUAUUUACUUGCUUCUGAAGGAGGGGUUUGUGGAAAAUUUAACUUAAGUAAUUGUUGUCUACAAAUAGAUGAUGCUGGAAAGGUGAUAGAGGAAAUUGCUGACCGCAUGACUAAACCAGCCUGUACAAACUUGGAAAGGAUGGGAUGCAGACAGUCUCUUUGGUAAAUGGUUCUCUUGGUUGGGAGGAAUUAAGACAAUGGUUGGAAUAGUCAUGGUUAUACUCGCAGGGUGCCUACUUGUUCCCUGCCUUGUACCUCUCCUGAUAAAUAUUAUAAAAGGUUUUAUAAAAACCAUGGUUGAAA